UUUAUGGCUGUAUAUUUUAAACCAAGGCUUUUUUUGAUGUUUUUUUCCCGACCGGUAUAAACUUUAUACGAAAACAAACAGUCUGCUUUAUUCGUUUGUUGUUAUUAUGAUAGUUACGGGAUCUUUAGAGAUGUCAGAUGAUUCGGAUGAAGAAAUAGAAAAUGAAAAUAUUAAUAUUUAUCGUAGGAAGUACCAGUUGCUAAUGGAGAGGUGUGAAGUUAUACAACAAGACAAUGAACGACUUGUGCAUAGAAUACACAAAUGCAAGAUGCUCGUGAAAAGACUUAGAAAACAUCGCCAGGCUCUGAUGGCACGGCUGGACGUGUACAACAAGGACUGGCGGAGCAUGGCCCUUCAGGUGCCUCUCGACGAGCCCAACCUCUUCAGCUCGACAGCCAGCCAGCUGCCUGUCAAACAAGAACGAGGCACCCAUAGGGCGACAUCCACUCCCGUCGGCAAAAGUCCAGCAUCGGACAAAGGUUGCAGAAAGAAUUCGGCAGGCGGUGGGUCGUCCUCGACCAAAAGGAAGAGUGGCAAGAGCGGGGAAAGAGUUGAGAAGGACCCGAACGCGCCCAAGAGACCCGCGAACCCGUUCUUCCAGUUCUGCCAGGAGCAGCGGCCACUCGUCAUGGAGAGGCUCGGCUCGGAGCAGAAGAGCGGCGACACCGACACUUCCAAGCAGGAGCUGACCAAACAGCUGGCCAGCAAGUGGAAAACCCUCAAUCCCGAAGACAAAAAGGUCUACUAUGAGAUGUAUGAAAAGUCAAAGGAAAAGUAUGCCAUGGAGAUGCAGAUAUACAGCAGCAAGAUAAAGCAAGAAGACAAUAGCAUAUGAACACUGAUAUAUUUAAACAUAGAAACAUAAAAUACUACUCGUAAACUACCUAUACUGUGAAUACUCAAAUUAAUAGCAUUUGUUUUGCUCUGUGAGGAAACAUUCAUGUGGUAAUAGAGUACAGGUAAUGUAUUAUGCUAGACUGAAACAAAAGAUUUUGUGUACCGUGUUUUAUCAAAUAACAGUCGCUUGAUGUUUUUGGUCCUGCUGUGUCUGGGUUGUAAACAUGACAGGAUAAAGCACCAUGGAACAGCAUUCAACUUUCUGUCAGACAGUUUGGUAGUUAUAAUGGGAAAAUACUGCAACUACAAUUGCAGUAAAACUCGUUUAAGAUGUACCACAUAAUACAAUUUCCUGUCCAAUAUAGCCAGUUGUUUUGGUCCAGCCACUUUCUCAAUUAGUAAGUUACUUUUUUUCCCCCCCCAGAUAAGAUGUUGCCCAUAAAUAAUUUUUCCGUAAAAAAAAAACUAUGUACAGUAGAACCCCUGUCAUACACUUUUCAACGGAGGGCACAAAAAUGGUGUAUGAUGCGGGAAAGUGUAUGAAAAGGGAAUGGCAAUAAUAAAAAAAAAUUUCAAUCUAGCAUACCAGCCCAAUGUCAGAUUAAACUUAAAUACAUAAUGUGUAAAUAAUUGCAUCAUAUUAAUGAAAGAUAUGAAUUCAUCAUUAUAUAUACAUAUAAUAAAACUACCAGAAAUGUAAAAUACAGUCCAUAAUCAAGUAAAGCAGUCCUUUCUUGGAGGGGGAAAGGUCACCAAGCCUAAAUUAGAAAUAAAAAAACAGGCUAUUGUAAAAAGAAAAACAGAAAUUUUUGCUGGUUUGUUUCAUUUUACAAACAACUUUAUGCAACAGAAACAAUUUUCAAUAAAAUUUUAACUUGAGAAACGUAAAAUAUAAAACAAUCCGAUCGUAAGAAAACAAUAACAAACAAGUAUAUUCAGUUCAAAGAUUAAUGAAUGCACAAAAUAUGAGAUCCGUGCCUUGGUAAAUCGCGUGCACCAUUUUCAUAAUCAUUCGCGCCACUAGUCUCGCUUGGUGCUGGCCAUAGAUGCUAAUAGCGAAGUGCACAGUCUUUCCGAUACUAUCCAUAUCUAUGGUGCGAUAAAGUUAUUUUCUUACGUUUGCAAAGGUAAACAAUGAACGUUUUUCAAAAUAAAAGCAUUAAAACGUAAUUUAUCAGGAGGAAUAUAACAAAAAAAUUUGUGAAUUUUAGGACUUUUCCGCUUCGUAAAAACGUAUGAAACGGGAAAUUAAAGAUUUUAUAAGUGUAUGUUCCGGGAAAGUAAACCAUUGUAAAUAUAGAACUUUCGGCGGGACCAAAAUUAAUCGGCGUAUGACACGGGAAAAUGUAUGAAACGGGAACGUAUCAUCGAGGUUCUACUGUACAUACUUUAAAGUUUAAAUUUAUUAUUUGUUCAGAUAUAAUUGCUUAUUUAAUUAAUUAACAGGAAUAUGAAGUCCAAGGUGUAAACUUUCUUUUUUAAAAGACAUUUUCAAACGUUAUAAACUUUCAUCUGUUUGUCUUUGUCGCCACUGUGUACUGCAUAUAAAAAUGUAGCCAGUGCUAGUUGGCAUCAUUUAUGCUGAUGCCCAUAUAGAGUAUGCGCACUUAGUCCAACAUCUAUAUUGAUAGCUCGCUGACUGCAUGCAACACACGUGCUGUCUAGUGCCGCGUAAACUACACUCUUUCAUGAUUAGUGUGUACUGCAACGAUAGUUAUUGCUUUCCAGUCCGCGGUUGGAUCACAGUUUUCAUUUUUCUAUUAAGAUGAACAAAAAAUGUUUUUGUUGCAUGACUAGGGACCCCAGAAAAUGGUAAAUAAAACUGGCUGAUUUCAGUGUAAAAAAUGACAAAAGCGGUGCAAAAAAUUGGUGUAAAAAUAAGCAAUCAGUAGUGACCCAAAAAAUUGGUGUAAAAAUAAGCAAUCAGUAGAGACCCAAAAAAUUGUGAAAAAAUUAUGCCAUUGGCAGUGUAAAAAAAAACCUCAUAGCCUUACUGCUUCCUUAUUUGCCUGGCCAAUUUUUGGGACAUAAGUUUCUCUAAGAGUGUUGGCUGAUGGCAAAUCCCCUUCACCUAAAAUGUAUACAUAACUUACAAUAUACUUAUAAAUAGGUAGCAUUUAUAAGGUUAUCGCUGAAAAUAUUAAUGGGCUAAUUUACUCAAAACAAUUCUUAGCCUAGCCUAACCUAACCUUCUCAAGAUACUGCUGGAUUACAGAGUCAAACCAUCAAUCAAUCAGUCAAAAAUAUCUUGUGGUGUGCUCCCCAUUUCACAAUGCAAUUCAUCCUAUUUAUGUGUUUGUUAAUUUGAGGUACUUACAUAUUUAUUUGAAGUAAAGGUAAGUUAAUUGAUAAUAUUGUAGGCCUAAAUAAUGCUUAUGAACUUUUAUUAGAGGGGGAAAACAUUUCUAAAUAAAUAAGGCUAACCUUCAACAUGGGUGUUACACCAUUCCCUCAUAGCUGGAUGAUCAGCUUUUUCCAAAGGAAUGUUAACUUACAGCAUCAUAUUAACAAAAUCAGAAAAAAAUUCUUGUUUUCUGCACUUUCAAGCUUGUUUGCUUUAUUCACGCUGUCGCCUAUCGAGAUUUGUUUAGACAUGGUAGAAUGCUUGACAAAAUAAUUGUCUUGUCUUUUUUGUUUUGUUUUGUGUGUGUCAUUUGCCACAUGCUUUUUGCACGUGUCUUUGCGUGUACAAUCAACCUGCACAUUGCAGAACUUGCACAUCAUAAUUUUGUCCCGCUGAUAAAAAUAUAAAAUCCAUCCGAUUUCAUCUCUCUUUCACGAUCAAACAUUGUCGAAGUUUUCGGCAUCUUAGCCACAAAUUCAAUUGUAUCACAAAACUUACAAAAUGUGGAUGGUAGUUGUAAACACUCAUAGAUAUGUGCACGCAAAAAUGACUGCCAUCUUAGCUCCAUGCGAUUAAAUUAGGUUAGGAAAAUUGACACCAGUGCACCUUGCGGCAGAAACUACCAUUAUUCAAAACACAAAACUGUGGAGUCAAUUUUGUUAUGUUAGUACUGCGCACAUAUCGAUUGUUGACAUUUGUUACAUUUUGUUUUCAUUUGCGAUGGCAAUAUUUACUGCUUGUAAACAGAGUAAUAAAAAUACGUGGAUUUCAGUAACGUGUCUCAACGAUGAUAAUAUUCCGGCACUAGUAUUUCAAUCUACGUUUAUUUCACGCCUAUGUUUAUGAUGGCGUAAAUAAAUAGAACUUGCGACAUAAGGACAUUAUUUUGUGCGAAAAAGCGUGAACUUCGCACAAAAAUUUGUGAAUUUCGCGACUAUGUCAAAAUCAAAGGAAAGUCGCAAAAUUCGUUUAAAGUAUCCAAUUUUCGCGUUAUUUCAUGAAUUUCGCGCUUUACUAUUUUUCAGGGUCUCUAUGGAUGACUUAUUAAUUUAAAUUGUUUGGCGUGCUUUUGAAUAUUCUCUACUUUUUAAUUAAAUGUACUUUCCGUGCAAUAGGUUUUGUUUUUAUAAAUAACUUUACCUCAGCAAAUAUGCUUUUUUUCCCCCGCAUAAAAAUUGCACCCCUAUUUUUCAAACGUGAAUUUAGUAUAAUAUGUGUGACGAUUAUGCGAUAAAACACUGUAAUUAUGCAUUCUUUUUACUACCUGCUUAAAGGUGAACUCUAAUGGCCGUGUUUCAGUUUAAUUUGUUAUAUGGAAAUAACUUUUUAAGUUAUAACUUCAAAUACAUUGUCAAAUUUGUGACAUUUGCUGAAUCUGUAUUCAAAAUACCUGCUAAGAACUCUUAGGGUAGUUUUAUAAACUACAUUAAGGCUAAGGAAUGACAAUGUCUCUAUUAAUAUUUACAUUAAGGAAACAUGGGCAUUCUUGAACAUGCCCAAACAGAUUCAUUGAUCAUUUGACAAUAAAGUUAAAUAUAUUAUAACUACUCUCAAGUAUGUUUUCAAGCAUGGUAUAACAAUAAUCCAAUUUAAUAAUUUUUAACAUUGAAAAGUUAUGCUUUGUGCACAGAGGACUAAAGUGAUGGGACAUCCAAGAUUAUUACUAAUGCCAAAUUACUUUGGUGCUGACUUAGUGCUUGUAAAUUCAAGUCAUGCCAGGAUGGUGGAAUUUAUAUUUGUGCCAGAUGUGAAAAAUGUUAACAAUUGUAGAUAUUAUAAUGCACAUUUUAUUUAUAUUACUGUAAUGAAUCAACAUACAAUAAUAUUAGCACCAAUUGUUUUUUAGUUUAUCAUGUUACAUAUUUUAUAUAUCCUAAUUUACUAUGGCAAACUGUGUAUCCCACAAAUACAAAAUGAUAAAAUU